AUGACGUUCAACACCGAGUGGAUACCUGGUGCUACAUUUUCCGGUCGCGCUUUUCCCGACGACGACACCAACACAGCCCGCAUGAACGACGGUGAUUCCAUCGCCUCCAGCGGUGAUUCCAGUAUUUCCGACGACGAAACAAAUCUUGCUAACGAUACUGAGACCAACGACGCUAAUCCCGAGGUCGCUGUUCCGAACAACACCAUUGUCUUUGCAUCGGAUGAUUCUCCUCCCACUUAUCAACUUGCGGCACUGCCCCUUGGUUCUCCUGAGAACCCGAUCGAAAUAGAGGAUGGAGACGCGGGUAACCAGCCAGAAGAUAAUGAAGAGAUAACCGAUUAUGAAAGAUUGAACAGCCCAAGGUUCGACCCCGUCGAAAUUGUGCCUUUCCAGGCAACUGUUAUUGAUGAGGAGGAAAUCCUUCGAGCUCACACAACUCCCAACGAGUUUUACGAGGUCGAUCCCGCCGUGCACGCACCGCCGCUGGACCAGUAG